GCGUUCAGGUACUCCCUCUUCGUUCCCAGUUCACAACGAGACAAAAUGGAGUUGACGCUACCUGGCUGAGAAAAAAACACAACUUUGCUUGUUAUUAUGUCUUUCUUUUGUUUUUAAAGUUUAGUAAAUACCUUUUGUUUUGAUAAAUAGUUGAGAAUUUAGUGGACUAAGAAGCUGAAGAAAUGGAAUUAAAAAGGUUUUGGAUGGUAAUCGUCUGUGUUUUAAUGGCGACAGAGACCACCUUUGCUGUGUCGGUACAGUGUCCUACAAAGAAAUUCGUUGUCAUCCUCUUCCAGCCUGUCACCAUCAACUGUAACUACCAGACAACUGCCACUCAGCCUCCUGUUGUCACAUGGAAGUACAAAUCAUACUGCCAGGACCCAAUCCAGGCUGCACUCAAUCCCAGCAGUGCAGCAAAUGCCAUAGCUCAAAAUAACCCCAACUAUAACCCCAACAUCGAGUGUUCAGACAGCCAAAGGACGGUCCGCUUCGUGGCUUCCAAGCAGGGCAAUGCUGUUACUUUGGGUAAAGAUUAUCAGGGUCGCAAGAUCAGCGUUACAGAAGAUGCAAACCUGAACAUUGUGCAGACUGCGUGGGGAGACAGUGGUGUGUAUGUCUGCUCUGUGGUCUCAUCUCAAGACCUUUCUGGAAACGGUGAAGAUUACACUGAAGUAAUUGUUCUUGAGAGAAAGGCAAAUUCUACUGACCUCCUCCCUGGCAUUGACUUUCUGGUUAUGGAAGACUGGCUCCUGGUGGUUCUGGUGGUUUUAGGUUUCUUUUUGCUGCUUCUUCUGAUCGGGAUCUGCUGGUGCCAGUGUUGUCCACACACCUGCUGCUGCUAUGUCAGUUGUCCCUGCUGUCCUGAACGUUGCUGCUGCCCACGAGCUUUGUACGAAGCUGGGAAAGCGGUGAAGAAAGGUUUGCCCACUCAGUACGCUCCCACCCUCUAUGCGCCCAGUAUGUAUGGUCAGCCAAUAUACGGCGGCUCACAGGGUAACCAGACUGCCAUGCCCCUGCUUCCCAUAGCCAGUGGACAUCCCCAGAAUGGUUAUGGUCAUGAUUAUGAUGGUGCCAGCUCAGUGGGGCAUGGAUCACAGGCACCGCUGCUCCGAGAGCAAAAUAUUGGAGGAGAUCCCACUCGCAGUGGUUAUCGUAUUCAGGUGGACCCACAGGGAAAUGCCACUCGUGCUAUUUACUACCUGGAGAAGGAACUGGCUUCGUUGGACCCCUCCAGACCCACCAACUACAACCGCUUGGACAAUGCGAGUGAAGUCACCUCGCUGCAUGACAGCAUGAAGCCUCGAGGUCGCGGGGGUCGCUCCCAGCCGCCACCUCUAGCCACAGUUUACGACCGAGAAGAGGCCAUGAGCACCAUCAGCAGCGUUUCUCAGCAAGGCCGACACCGGGAUGACUACGGACGCCGAGGUGGGGGUUACAUGGGGGACCGCGUACGUGCUCGCUCCAUGGAUAACCUUGAUGAUAUUGGGCGGCGGCCCAGAGAUGACCAUCCUCCCCACAGACGGCCAGAUGAACCCAGAGGGAGGAAAGAUUCGGAUGACGAGUGGAGCAGCAGCGCUCGCAGCGGGUACGAUCGUCCCUACGAUGACCGCAGGCGCCGCGACUACUCCCCCGAGGAUCGAGGAAGAAGAGACAGGGAGACGGGUGGCCUUGCGGGGAAACGCAGCCACAGUCGCGAUGACAUCAUGGACCUGGAGAGGGACCGUCGUUACGGCGGCGGCGCGAGGGGCGGCCGGGAGGAAUACGAUGACAGCUUCCUGCGAGAAGCCUUGGAGAGGAAGAAGCUGGGCGAGCAGCAGAGGUCGCGCAGCCGAGAGCGACUCGAUAGCGAGAGUGAGCGGUCCGACUGGGGGAGGGGGCCGCGUGGGCCUCCACCUCUUCCCAUGCAGCCACCCUCUCAACCUCCUCCGUAUAGCGACAACGAGAGCGUGUCAUCGUCAAAGAAGAGCAACCUCCGCAAGAAUGGAGCCGUGAGUCGGGAGAGUCUGGUCGUGUGAAGACGGACGCAAAGUUAGAUGCAGCUUUUAUCGUUUUAAACUUAAAAAAAAAAGAUUUUAAUACUGUACAUAUUAAAUCACUCCCUACUAAUUCUUGUUUAAUGCAUUUCAUGCUGAACUCAAAUCUAUGUUGAAUGUUAUUGUAAACUUUUUAAAGUAUUUUUUUUUUUACUUAAGUUUUGUUUUUUUCCAUGUAUACAAUUUGUGGCUGCCACAAGUGCCUUAAAGUGUACAGAGUUAUGAUUGUAGAUCUGAUUAAUACCUUCCUGUUUACAUGUUUACCUUUUGACAAGUAAACAUGAUCGGGUUGGGUCUAAAUAGUUUUAGUCUUUGGGUAGUUUUUUUAGUUAUCGAUCGCUGGUAUGCGUGUGGAUUUAUUGGGUACUUUGUUGUUGUGUAUUUUGUUUUUGUACUUGAGUAAAACACUUAUUACAAACUACAUUAUUAUUUUUUAUUCUUCUGCUCUCCACAUGUAGUCAUAUUAGUGUGUGCAGAAUGUUUGGAGUCCAGUGGAUCAAAGUGUGCUUCAUAAGACUUUUUUAUGUAUUUUAAAUCUAAAAACUUGCAGUUAGCUGCACGAUGGCUCUUUUUCUGCUUCUCUAAUGCAAAUGUUCAUUGUGAUCUAAUGAAAUCUAUUUUUACAAUAAAGCGUUUUGUUGCUAGGCCA